AUGGACCCGCCGCCGGCCACAUAUUACGGCCCGCUCGAUAAAAGGAAUCCAGUUAUUUUAACUUUUAAUCGAGACAUUAAAAUGUUUUUUAAACAGAUGAAAAUAGCAAAGUCUAACAUCGUUCAAGCUAAAGGGAUUAAACUUCUCGUGGAAAUAUGGCAAAAGUACAAACAUCGCCUGCCUGACAAGUUACACCAGGAGUGCAUGUUGCAGGUUGCAGACUUCCUUUCUGAAAUAAAGCUGUACCAAAUGGCUCUGUGGUAUGGCUACAGACCCUAUUUGUUGCAGUUCAGCUCAGUGAAAGUAACCCAGAUCACAGACGUGGAUCACUUCAUAGCCUGCUUUUUCCCUGAUGGCUUUCAUACAGAACAAGACAGUACAGUGAAGGUGCGUGCAAUGCUUGGCUGUGCUAAGUGUAUCUUUGAGGAGGAGAAAAAGAGCAGCACCCUUAGCGAGAGGGGACUCUGMGAACUGCUGCGUGUGCUGAACUUCAUCAGGAGCAUGAUGCAGGCAUUUCAGCAGCGUGAACACCUCUCCUGGUUGAUAUAUGAUGGAUCGUCACUCAUUUACAAUAUCUGCCGUUACUUGAUGAGUGUGAAAUGCAGUGAGCAGGCACUGGAGUACCUUCUGUGGGCGAGCAUCAGUUGGGAGUUGUGCGUCCCUUCGAUGAGAGCCAAAUAUCUUCCACUGAUUGUCGCGCUGUACUGUGCGGUCUGCUACUGUCACUUCGACAACCAGGCUGAAGAGCAAGCAGAG